AUUGAAUCAGUCGAAUGCCUAACUGUCCCAUUGUUCACCUCGAUGCUCGAGAGAUCAAUUUAUCAACUAGAGAUCUCCAACGCGAAAAUAGCAUUGGGCGCUCUUUCGGACGUCAUCCUUUGUUCCAAAAAGUCCCUGUUCAAAAAGUCCCAAACUUCUUUGUUUAUUUGUGGUUGCGUGAAUUCAACUCGCGGAUUGGCUUACUUGGCCCCCUCCAGGCGAGCUGCGGUGUAUCGGUGUUGCAAUCCUCAUUACGCGGGUACUUCAGUCAUCCAAGACUCUCUGCCAGCGCUGGUGCUCAUGCGGGCAUCCGAGCUUGAUGCUACCAGUCUCUUUAAUAGCCACAUCCAAAAAACUGUAUUCCAUCAAGUACUCGCUCGGUGGAACAGAUACCGUGGCGUAGAACUGAGGUAGGGCGAGUCCUGCCAAUUUUGAAAGGAAAACCCAGGCCAUCCCCCGUUUUUAUUUCAUCAUGUCGAGUGAACCAACCCGACUAUUCUAACGACCAGAUGCAUAUAUACGCAUGGCUGCUUGAAUGUCUCAGAUUCCUACUUAUCACCUGACUCUUGACAUAUAACGACAAGCCAUCAUCGAUUCUUUGAUCACCAUUCACUUCUUUGUUAGCCAUGGCAGACUUCAGUCGGGGCUCGACCGUUGUCGUUUCCCCCAAGUUACAGCAAAGCUAUGCCCGUCUUCCUUCGAACAUAUCACAUUAUACAUCCCUUCCACCUCUUCCAUCACUACCAACCAGAAGCCAAGAGCAGAAGCUCCCCAGCUUACCGAUCGCCUUACCUCGACUCCGAAUCAAUAGCGUCACAGGAGCGGCGCACUGCAAUAGCACGAACGCCAUACCCCUGAGCCUAACUGUUGAACGACCUUAUGCCUCUACGAACUUCCCUCCAAAGCUCAAUGGGAUUCCAGUGAAGGUAAACUGGAACUUUCAAUUGUCGGCUCUCCAAAACUGCGAUGCUGAAAAGCCUCCGGUUCAUCAUCUAAUGAGCAGGAAUCCUAAUGCAAAUGUCUAUCCGGUACAUACACUACAGGCUUCGUCUAUGGCAGGAGAAGGUGUAAACGGUCUAUACGGGGCUCCCUCCCAAGUACUCCCCUCAUUCCAGCAAUUAGGGGACGAAGCCGAAGCGGUUGAGCAAGUCGGGUCUGGGGCCAUCGUGGCGGAUAACAUAUCGGUCGACGAUGCCGGCUACGAAUCAGACACGGCAACAACUGCAUCUACGUCGGUGUCAUCGAGCAUUUGGGAUUUUUCCUUCGAGAAUGGAAGAAGAUAUCACAAAUUUAGAGAAGGGCGAUACAACUUCCCGAAUGAUGAUGUUGAACAGGAACGUGAGGACAUGAAGCACGCGAUGCUUAAGAUGUUGUGUCAGCAACUUCACUUCGCGCCUAUCGGAGACAACCCGCAUGAAAUACUCGACCUUGGAACUGGUACAGGAAUAUGGGCAAUUGAAAUGGGUGACAACUAUCCCAGCGCAAACGUCCUUGGCAUAGAUUUAAGUCCAAUUCAACCACAGUGGGUGCCACCUAACGUCCGAUUCAUGGUCGACGACGUGGAAAGCCCCUGGCUUCAUCCUAAAAAUCAUUUUGAUUAUAUACAUUCGCGACACAUGAUCAUGGCUAUUAAAGAUUGGGAUAAACUGUUAAGGACAUCCUACGACCAUUUAAGACCAGGCGGUUGGAUAGAGCUGCAAGAAAUCCAUCAUUUCCCCAUGAGCAGUAACAAUACCCUAUCGAGCGACCAUCCAGUUGCCCAAUACUGGCAAUAUGUGGACGAAGGGUUGAUCAACCUAGGGGUUAGCUUCAGGACAUCGAACGAAGGCCGCAUAGCUGCGGCGAUGCGAGAAUGCGGAUACGUGAACGUUCACGAGCGAGUUUUCCACAUUCCCAUUGGUACCUGGCCGAAGAACAAAACUUUGAAGAGUGUCGGGCUGUACUGGAAGACGAUCCUGCUUGAUGGUAUACAGGCGAUAGCGCUCGGGCCGAUGACCAGGGGAUUGCAUUGGAGAAGAGAACAGGUGGAGGCUCUCCUGGUUUCGGUGAGGAAGGGAUAUCACGACAACUCUCUACUCCUAUACAUGCCGCUCGUCUGCGUGUACGGCCAGAAACCCGAAUCCUAGUAAAAGCCCCAGUGAAAAAGGGAAGCGGGCCUGCCGAGAGGCGGUCCAGAUCGGGAAAAGAAGCUUAUGUUAGGUACGAAUGCGAUCGGAACGGCAGAGCGACAGACGAAGUAUUGAGGAGAUUGUCCACAAGUCCACAAGUCCACAAUAUUCAAACAAACACAACCACUAGCUUGACUAAUUUUAGACAUUUUUCAGCCACCCUUGCUCGCAGGAGCCGUUAUCAUUGGAGAAUCGCUACUUUUUAUAGCCGG